UAUAUUCCUCUAUAUAUACACUUUGCUGCACAUUUCUUGUUUACAUAACAAUUAGUGUGGACUAACUACCUAGCUUCUUCAAGCUUUUCUACUCUCCUCAUCUUUUUCAACACUCAUUUUCUUACUUUAUUAUAUUUCAUAUCCAUUAGUUUGAAGCUACAUUCCAUAUUAAGUACAGGGCCUGUUGUUAUAAUCUCCAGGCAUCGAGCAAAGUUAAGUACCCAAUAAUUUGAUUUAUAUUGUUUGUGUUGAAGGGCUUGAAGCAAGGCAUUGUGAAUUUCUUGCUUCAUUCAAUUCUUGUCAUCAUCAUCGAUCGAUGGCCCUCGUCAAGGACCAAAGGCCUCAUGACCAUGCACAAGAUGAAAAGGAACUUGCUCAUUAUCAACAACAUAUUUCCUCCUGGGGAAUGUAUGAAUUCAAUGAUGGCGACAAGAGUAGUGGUGGUAAUACUAAUGCUAGUAUAAUUACCCGUUCUUCUUCACUUUCUAGUCCAAGUAGCACAAAUUCCAGCGGAGCACUUGGCGUGUACCGUGCCAUGAAUAAUUAUCAACAGCAAGAAGAAGGUCAUUCUGUGAUCAAUUUCAAGCCCUGCUAUGAUAAUGACAAUUAUUUGUCACAAGCUGGUCAUAUCGGAUCUUUUCUUAGCUUCGCAAGUGAUGACUACUCAUCAAUUCUGGACCAAAAUCAAGUCAGAGGCAUGAGCAAUGUCCGGCUCUUAGAAAACAUCAACUCCCUUCAAACAGCUACCAGCACUAUGGAAGGCAACCUUAAUUAUGGUAAUCAUGAGUCAUUUGCAUGGCUAAACAGUACUGAAGCAACAAUGCCCCCUAGUGGCAUUGAUCAGGAGCUUUCUGCAGAAGAAUUAAGCAUGAACAAGCGUCCACACACGGGAGAGAGCAUGCAGAGUUUGAAGAAGCAGUGCACUACUACAAGCAAGAAAGGCAAACCAAAGCCAUCAUCAACUCCUUGUGCUUCAAAGGAUCCUCAAAGUAUUGCUGCCAAGAAUCGUAGAGAGCGGAUCAGUGAACGGCUCAAGACAUUACAAGAUCUUGUCCCAAAUGGUUCCAAGGUUGAUCUGGUUACAAUGCUAGAGAAAGCCAUCAGUUACGUCAAGUUUCUCCAGUUACAAGUCAAGGUACUGGCAACUGAUGAACUAUGGCCAGUGCAAGGUGGUAAAGCUCCGGAGCUUAAACAAGUGAAAGAUGUCAUAGAUUCCAUACUCGCUUCCCAGAGAGAUGCUACUGAUUCCAGCUCCAAGUAAUCAUUGCCAUUAAGAAACCGAAUUCGAGAUUCUAGACUAAUUAAUUUGAUCAGUUUUCGAAGUAACUUGAAUAGAUUUAAUUCUUGUAAUAAAAGCCCAAGAACCAACUCCUGAGACUACAAUCUUGUCCCAGAUAUUUUACAUUUGUUAUCUCUUCUUUACAAAGGCUAGCUCUUAAAUUUUCUUUGUAUGGCAUUCAUGAAUAUCUGCAAGAAAUGAAAUCCCUGAAAGUGAAGUUAACCCAAUAUUUUCUUUGUUAAA